CACGCGCACGCACCCCACCCCACCCCGCCCCGCCACCGCCGCCACGAACUCGCCAUGGCCUCCUUCUUCGCCGACGAGCUCCCGCGCACCACCUCCGACCCCUUCGAAGCCGACGACUACGAUCCCACCGCCGCCGCCGCAGCCGCAGCCGGCGGUUACGCCUCCUUCGCCGAUGGGGCCGUCAUUGAGGAGGAGGAGGAGGAGGAGGAGAUCGCCGUGGAGUCCGAUGGGGUCCCGAUCCGCCACGUCUCCGGAGGGUACUCGCCCUCUCCGUUCUCCCCCGACCUCGAGCCCAACGGCGACAACAGCCCUAUCUUGCCGCCGCCGGCCGAGAUGGGGCGGGACGAGGGGAUCCUCCUCCAAAACUGGCGGAGGAAAAAUGCUUUAGAACUCGAGGAAAAAGAACGGAAGGAGAAGGAGCUACGUGCCCAAAUAAUUGCUGAAGCUGAAGAAUUCAAGAUAGCUUUCUACGAGAAAAGGAUACAGAACUGUGAGACAAAUAAGGUCCACAACAGAGAAAGGGAGAAGAUUUUCGUAGCCAGCCAGGAUAAAUUCCAUGCUAACGCAGACAAGCAGUACUGGAAAUCGAUUUCGGAGCUCAUCCCACAUGAAAUAGCCACCCUUGAGAAGCGGGGAAAGAAAGAUAAGGACAAGAAGCCAUCCAUCACAGUUAUUCAGGGCCCUAAGCCUGGCAAGCCCACCGACCUCUCUCGUAUGCGCCAGAUCUUAGUGAAGCUGAAGCAUGCUCCACCACCGCACAUGAUGCAACCUCCACCGGCACCUGCUGCUAAAGAAGGUGCAAAGGAUGGUGCGAAAGCAGGUGCAGCAGCCCCAGCAAAUGUCACGAAGCAGCCUGCAGAGAGCAAAGAAACCCCCGCCAAUGGCCCAGCAGAAGCGGACAAAGAGCAGCCUGCAUCAUCGGAGUAACUUAAAAGAGGGUAGCUUUAUAGAAACACAAGAAUCUUGACUGUGCGUAGAUGGAAACACGUUUUAUUUCUAACUUGCCGGACCCAUCUAUCCUGUAGUGAUCUUUUUUUUUUUUUUUGGUAUCCUGUAGUGAUCUUUUGUAGAGAUCUGCACUAGGAUGGCUUUAUAUCAUCCCAGAACAUUCAUAUUAGUAUCACAGCGGUUGUACUCUUUAUUACCGUUUCUCAUUAUCCAAGUAGCUUCACUGGA